UUUUCAUUUGUCCUAAAUACAAAUCGUGAAAAUGAAGCUACUACCAAUUUUAAUUCCUCUUCUUUCCAUUAUAUCAAUAAAAGCUGAUUGCGAAGUUGGUACUGAAGUCAUAUGUUACUGGGGAUCUUGGUCUAUAUAUAGAACGGGAGAAGGAUUAUUUACAUCAGAGAAUAUAGAUACGGAAAUAUGUACAACUAUAGUUUAUUCUUUUGCUGGACUUGAUUCAAACUUAGAAUUGGUUUCUUUGAAUAUUGAUGCUGACAUCGAUAAAAAUGGAUUCAAAAAUUUAACCGACUUGAAAAAGAUAAACCCUUGUCUGAAAGUCGUUUUAGCUGUAGGUGGAUGGAACGAAGGCUCCAUGAAAUACUCAAUAAUGGCUGGUGACGAAUAUCUACGUAAUAGAUUCGUCGAUAACGUUUUGGCGUUCAUGGCUUAUUACGAAUUUGACGGUCUGGAUCUCGAUUGGGAAUAUCCCACAACGCGAAAAGGAAUACCAGAAGACGGGAAGAAUUUGGUAUUGUUAUUGAAGGAGCUAAGAUCUAAGAUGUCACCAUAUGGAUUGAAACUGUCCAUCGCCGUACCUAUUGACGAAAAUUUGAUACAAACGGGAUACUUAGUCACAGAAAUAGCCGAUUACGUUGAUAUGGUUAAUCUCAUGGCGUACGAUUACGUAGCUUCCGAUUCCAAAGUAACUGGACUAUCUUCUCCUCUAUCUGAAAUAAAAGAAACCGUUUCUAAAUGGUUAGCUGCUGGUCUUCCUUCUAAGAAACUAGCACUUGGUAUUCCAGCAUAUGCUAAAAAUUUCGUGCUGGAAGAUCCUGAUAACCACAACAUUGGUGCGCCAGUUCAAAGUAUCGGCGAAGCAGGACCAUACACGCAAGAACAAGGUUUAUUAGCAUAUUUCGAGGUUCUGCAAAUACUGAAUGACUGGAAUGGAAUUAUCACUGUUAUAAAUGUAGACGAUACUAACUAUGCUUUUUAUGAUAACGAAUGGUUCACUUUUGAUAACGAUAGUACCGUUCGUAGUAAGGUGAAAUAUGCGUUGGAAAAUCAUCUUGGUGGUAUAAUGUUAUGGGCACUAGAGCUGGAUGAUUUUAAAGGUGUGCAUGGUGAAGCGUAUCCUUUAUUGAAGGCUAUACGAGAUGGAAUUUCCGAUUUUAAUCAUUGAUAGUGAAUUUGUAAUAUAUUGAAAAAAAAUACGAUUCUUGAACAUAU